UGCAUAUUAAUGAAAAGAAAAGGUUGCUGAACGCCGAGGAGCCUUCCCGAUUCGAGAUUUCCGUAAACACUAGCAUCGCGGUGGGAAAGUAUCGCCGGCGAUUAGUUGUGAAGGUGUUGUUCUCAAAUGGCCGUUCUACCAGAUGAGCUGUGGAGGAAAAUUCUGGAAAUAGGAGUUCAAAGCAGUGGAUUUACCUAUAAGGACCUUUGCUGCCUCUCCAUCUGUUGCCGACGCCUCCGCCGCCUCUCCGACGAGGACCCCUUAUGGAACCCCCUUCUCUCCUCUGAUUUCCCUUCUUGUCACCCAUCUUCAACUUCGCCAUCAUCCAAAUCCCUUUACAAAAUCAGGUUCGAGAAAGACAAGGAGAGAAGAAUAGCCGCCCAUAGGAGGGCUAUAUUUAGAAAGGAGAGCCAGAUUGCUGAACAUUCCAGAAAACUCCGAGAUAUUGAGAACCGGAUAAUUCAAGAGAGCACCAAAAUGAGAGAAACUGCUGCAGAGUUGUCGAAUUUCCGCAAGGUCAGGCAAGCCUCUGCAGCUUUGAAGGUGUGGCAACCAGAGGUUAUCCGGGGCAGGCAAAAACAACUAGUGGAGCAAUGUGUUGUGCCCGCUGAAUCUCGGAUUCACGCACUUGAGAUGGAACUUAGGCUUUGCAGGCAACAGAUAAUGAACUUGAAGAAGUCACAUAGGGAUGAAAAGCACCGACUUGAUACUGCAAAGGAAGAAUUGUUAUCUUUGAACUAUCACCCUGUGCGGGAGCAUAAGUCAGAAAGUGGAGGGGAGAAUAGCUACUACAUCAAGGCCAAGAAAAGAUCCCAUGGCUUGGAAGGAAAGCAACGAAAAACAUCGUAGAUGGAUAUGCGUCUUGCAUUGAGUAAUGAGUGCUCAAUGGUCUCACUUUCCAGAGGCAUUUGCAGGGUUGAGAUGCUGGCCAAUAUCUGCUGCAAAUUGAUUGAUCACCUGUUGAAACAGAAUGACUUGCGCAUUCACAUUUGAAAGAUCCUUGCUGUCUCUUCACAUAUUAGCAAUCAUUAUAUACCUUACUAAAAUACAAUUUGGGUGUUCUGUGGGGUGGGGUUUUCAUGUAUCGCAACUUUGUCGACUCUGUUGCAUAUGAAAAUGCGGAUAGCAUGCUCAUUUUGCAGCACCACAUUAUCUUUCAUCUCAUGGCGUUUGAAUCGAUUCGCUGGGAAGGAUAAACAUUUGUUCUGCUCACUAUAUUUAUCAGAAGGUACCGGUUGAUGAAAUGGGAACACUGUAUCGUUCUAAAUUUGAUGUUACUGAUAUUGCACAAGUUCGAGACAGAUGAAAGAAGAAAAGAUGUAUCUAGUUGAUUACAUAUUUGAUGUUCUUCCUCUGGCACUUGUUUUUUCCACAUGAUUGAAGUUGUAUGUUUGUAGAACUGUAGACGUUGUAUUUAAACUUAAAGGAUGAAUAACAUGCUGGGAUAAGGAUCAAUUCCACCAUGGGCUCAGGGAAGGUGAUCCUGCCUUUAACAGUGUCUUGCUCAGCAUCCAAAAAUUAUUCAUUGGCGAUUUGUCGGAUCGGGUGCAGUUGCAAAUUAGUUAUGCAGAAUUGCUUGUAGGCCUUGUGGACAUCUUGUCAGAGGGGUAGAAGCAUAGGUGCCUCCCAAUAGAAUACUCUGUAAAAUCAAAAAAUGUUAUUCUGACGCCUUUCAUACACCUCUUAAAAACAUUGUAUUUCGGAGGAAUGAAAGUUAGUGUAAAUCUAGUCGGGAAGAAUACGACUCUUAUGUGGUCUCUCUAAAAACACCUAUCUCUUUAAGAUUGAUAUCGAUGUUUUGCCA